AGUCCUGAAGGAAACAUGCAGGCUAUAGCGAAGCACCUGUCUGUCGCUGCUGUAGCUUUAGUUAUAGCCUUUCUUGUCCAAGUCUACCAAAGACAAAGUCCCAGCGAGAAUCUAGCGGGAAGACUGUGCCAUGGAGCCCGGCCUUCUGACAGGGACGCCGCCGGAGGACCGUACAACCACGGCGCGGUAGCCUCCGACUCAGCCGUGUGCUCACAGAUCGGCAGAGACGUUCUAGUGAACGGUUCUGCUGUGGACGCCGCCAUCGCGACGCUCCUCUGUCUGGGUGUGGUACAUCCGCAGUCUCUAGGGCUCGGAGGGGGUUUUCUGAUGACCGUAUACAACAAAGCUACAGGCACGUCACAGGUCAUCGACGCGCGUGAAACUACCCCUUUAGCAGCCACGGAAGACAUGUUUGUAGAGAACCCGGACCUAUCUACAAUGGGUGGAAUCUCAGUCUCCGUUCCAGGGCAGGUCCGGGGGCUGUGGGAAGCUCACCAGAGGUACGGACAGUUGCCGUGGAGAGACCUGUUCCGCCCGGCCAUCCGCCUGGCAGAGGAGGGGGCCUGUAUGGGCAAACAUCUGGCCACAUCCCUGAAGAGAAGGAAAGACGUCGUCCUGGACAGGACCUCCGGCUUCUGUGACGUGUUCUGUGACGAGGACGGCGCCAUGUUACGUGAAAACAUGACUGUCAAGAGGCCACAACUUGCCAAAACGCUCCUAGCGGUUGCUAACGGUGGUGCAGAUGCCUUCUACACAGGCGAGAUUGCGAAGAAUUUUGUGAAGGACAUCCAGGAACGAGGCGGUAUCAUGUCUGAACAGGACCUACUGAACUACCGGGCGGAAGUUAGAGUCACCCUCAAUACGUCACUUCCGGGUGGACUCACCCUGUUGACCCCACCCCCUCCUUCAGCGGGAGCGACAGUAAUUCUUGCUCUCAAUAUCUUAGAAGGUUAUGGACUGAACUCUUCAGUAAAGGACAGUCUGCAUGAAGAGGCUUUGAUGUAUCACAGGAUGUUAGAAGCCUUGAAGUUCGCCCUCGUUCACGGAAUGGAGCUGGGAGAUCCCAAAUUCGUAAACAUCGCGGAGCUCACGAAGAAGAUGGCAUCGAAAGAGUUCGCCGACGAACUCCGCCGGAAGAUCGACGACACCCGGAUGUUCGACAUCUCUUACUACGGCCCGGCUGCCGUCUCUCCAGACGUCGGCGGGACGUCUCAUGUGUCUGUCCUGGGGCCGAACGGAGAUGCCGUGUCCGCUACCAGCUCCAUCGGACGAAUCAUGGGCGCGAGAUUCCGGUCUCUGUCCACCGGCAUCAUCCCCAACAACCACAUGGAACUCUUCACACUGCCGAAUCAAGACAAAACCAGGAGAUAUUCCCCCACUCCAGGACGUGCCAUGCGGCCGGGUAAGCGGGGCGUGACGUCUUUCUGCCCCACAGUCGUGUUGGAUGGUAGCGGUGACGUCAGGCUGGUGAUCGGAGCCUCCGGAGGGGCGAAGCUGACGACAGCAGUCACAGAUGCAAUGGUCCACCACUUCCUGCUUGGAUGGAACAUCUCCUCAGCUAUAGAGAAGCCCCGUCUGCACAUCAGUGUGACUGAAGACAUCAGAGGCAUCCUGUACUAUGAGAAACAUCGUCCUUUCAAGCCGAAAGCGGUGCUUCAGGAGUUGGAGAAGAUACACGGCAAGGCGACCCCAGAGCCUCACCAAGCCAUGGUGCAAGCCGUGGUUCGGGAGAACUCGGCAAUCUUCGCUCACUCCGACUCGAGGAAAGGAGGCUUUCCGUCGGGAUUCUGA